AUGCCUAUCAAUCAACCAUCCAACCAGAUCAAAUUCACGAAUGUGUCUGUAGUUCGCUUAAAAAAAGGCAAAAAGCGAUUCGAACUCGCCUGCUACAAGAACAAGUUGCUCGAAUUUCGAUCGGGCGCCGAAAAAGAUCUCGACAAUGUCCUUCAAGUACCCACCGUCUUCCUUUCCGUUUCCAAAGCUCAGACUGCUCCCUCCGCCGAGCUAGCGAAAGCAUUCGGUGCCGACACACCCCGAGAUGAGAUUCUGCAGGAAAUUCUUCGCAAGGGCGAGGUGCAAGUCGGCGAGCGGGAGCGGAAAGAAGCACUGGAACGUGUUGAGAAGGAAGUCUUGGACAUAGUGUCUGGGAGGCUUGUUGAUCCGAACACCAAGCGAGUCUAUACAUCUGGAAUGAUCUCAAAAGCUUUAGAUCAGUUACUCUCUGCCAGCGGUCAACAACAACAACAACAGCAGCAGCAACAACAAAAUGGGGAGACAAAUGGAGCUGGAGACGAGCUACCCAAAAAGCCCAUGUGGACUGGAGUGUCUUCCAACCGAUCGGCGAAGAGCCAGGCAUUGGAUGCAAUGAAGGCGCUGAUCGCAUGGCAACCCAUCCCGGUGAUGCGAGCCCGGAUGCGUCUACGCGUGACUUGUCCUGUGUCUCUGUUGAAACAGUCCGUCAAGGCUGGUCCCGCUGCAACAGCUGCAAAGGAAGGGAAACCACCCGCAAAAGGAAACAAGAAGGGAGGAAAGGGGAACAAGAAGACCAAGCGAGACGACUCCGAUGACGAGGCUGGCGUGUCAGGAAGUGAAGCCGCGCCCACUGCUGUCGGGACAGUCAAAGACAAAAUUCUCAACUACAUUGAGGCGAUCGAGUCGCAGGAAAUGAGCGGUGACGAGUGGGAGGUGGUGGGCUUUGCUGAGCCUGGGGCUUUCAAGGGUCUUAACGACUUUAUUGGCAGCGAAACACGCGGUCGGGGACGGGUGGAAGUGUUGGAUAUGUCUGUGACGCACGAGGAUUAA